UGUCGGGUUUUGAUGACGUCAGAGUUAUGGCUGCUCUCACGGUGCCGUGCAGGGCUUGUGCGUUUCUCCGCUAAAGAAAAUUUAGAAAAUCGUCAAAGAUAUCGUUUAGAUAUCGCCACUGAGGGAGAGAGACCGGGUAACUCCCAACACCGAGACCGUGUCUCCACGACGCUGUGGUUUGAAAGGUGACCGAAUGUGUUUUAAGCGUUCUCAGGUUUUUUCUUUUCUGUUUUCUUUUUUUUUUUUUUUUGGUGAAAGUGCGCUUUAUUGUUGUGGGUAAUGAAGCUGACCAGUUUGGAUCAGAGAAGCUCAGCUCCUGCUCGGCAGAAAGACGUAAACACCGCUACUAACGCCAAAGAGUUUCUCUUCGGUUACUUAAUGAACGUAGUUUGAAGUUAAUUUUCGCCUUUUGUCCAUGUUGUCGUCCGUAAUAAAGUGCGGGCCGCGUUCGGGCCUGCUGCUGCGGGCUAGCCAGCUAAGCUACUCCACCGCCAGAGAAACCACAGACGGCUCCUCAUUGGCAAAUAAGCUAGCUAAGCUAGCCAGCUAGUCGGCUAGCUUGAAAAUUGACGUUUUGGUCGUCCAUCUCAUGUCACUUGCCAUAAAACCUAGCAGGCAGGUUGUGUACUGAUGGACACCCCUGAGAGCCCCGCUCAGUCUCCUCAAUCCCCUGAUGAGGAGGAAAAAGGCUUCUCUGACAGUGAACUUCUGGAGUCGCCGGAGUCCCCUGCAGAGGAAGGCAACAGGGUUUCUGAUAGCGAGUUACUGAAUGACGGAGAAGGAGACGCAGACUCAGAUUUUGAUGAAGAGCGGGUUGAGUUGGGUGGUGGGGCUCAAGAGGACAUUUCUGACUUAGAAGAUGACAAAAUGGAUAGAGGUGGAAGGGUCCACCAGCAGGAGAGUGCCAUGCUGGAAUGCAGGCAGCGCAUGAGCCGAUCAGCUGAACAGGAAGAAGAGGAGGAGAUCCUGGAGACACCCAGAUCCCCAGACCCUGAUUCCCCAGAGCCAGAGCUGGAUCGGCCGUUCACCCCUGCUGAUGGAGAACAGGAGGAUGUCAGGCAGGAAGACGAGGAUGAUGGAGGAGAGGUGACCACCAGGUCCAGCUUGAGUCGCCAAGAGCUGGACGAAGAGGAUGAUGAAGAGGAGGAAAGGAGACGAAGAAGACUUAUGGUAGUUAGCGAUCUGAAGCAGGAUUCGCCCUCCGUGUCCAGAGAUUUGGACGAGCACGAGCUCGACUAUGAUGAAGAAGUGCCAGAGGAGCCUAGCACAGCCGCGCCAGAGGAAGAGGACACAGAGAAGGGGCCUGCCACAGAGGAUGGGAAUGAAGAUGAGGAGGAAAAAGAUGAGGAGGAGAAGAAGAGAAAGAAGGAGAGGAACCUGAUCUUGCCCCCUGAUGCUCAGUCUAAAAAAUCUGAAGACACAAGAGGCCAAGAGAGGGCUAGGAGGGAUUCUUUCCGCGAUAAAAAGAAAGAUGAAGAUGAUGGAGAGAUUGAUGAAGGAGAGAUUGACGAUGAUGAUCUUGAGGAAGGUGAAGUAAAGGACCCCACAGACAGGAAAAUCCGCCCCAGACCUAUCUGCAGGUUCUUUAUGAAAGGUAACUGCACUUGGGGCAUGAUCUGUAGGUUUAUCCACCCAGGAGUCAAUGACAAAGGCAACUACUCCCUCAUCUCCAAGCCAGACCCCUUCUCUCCAAACGGAGCUCCUCCUGGAGGUGGAGGCCCUCACCCGCUCAUGCCCUCCAACCCCUGGACCGGUCCUCCUGUAGAGGAGUUGCCUCCUCCUCCCCUGCCCGCGGAACCUCCAGUGGAGAGUGCUUGGGAAAGAGGUCUCCGACAUGCCAAAGAGGUAUUAAAGAAAGCCACAAUACGCAAAGAACAGGAGCCUGACUUUGAGGAAAAACGCUUCAAUGUUACCAUUGGUGAAGAUGAAUGGGAAUUUGACAAAGAAAACGACUUCUUCAGGGAACGAGGCUAUCGCAUUACUAGGGAAAUCAGAGAUCCUGGUGAAGUGGACUUCAGAGACCCAGUAUAUGGUGACCCAUAUGGUGAUCCUUAUUAUGACUAUGAAAUGGAGGCUUUCUGGAGAGGUGGCCAGUAUGAGAACUUCAGAGUACAGUACACAGAGACCCCUCUGCCAUACCACUACAGUGAUCGGGAGAGAGAUCCCCGUGAGCGGCACAGAGAGAGGGAGCGCGAGCGCGAGAGAGAUCACCGUGAGCGAGAGCGCAGGCAGAGGGAGCGUGAGAGGGAGCGAGAACGGGAGCGUGAAAAAGAGCGGUUGCGCAGAAAGGAAGAGUGGGAGCGUGACCGACUGAAACGAGACGAGAAAGAAGGAAGACCCAGAGAACGGCCAUUAAGGGAACCACGUGAGAAGAAAGAAGAGAAGGACAAGCCUCUUAAACCCCGUUCACCUAUCAGUAUGCCACCCAGAGGGCCAAUGGAGUCACAGCCAAAGAAGGAGACAGUGCCCAUGGUGAAACGGCCAGAUGAAUGGAAGGACCCCUGGCGCAGGUCAAAGUCUCCAAGGCGAAGGCCUGGCCUCAUGGGGUCCCCACCCCGCGGACGCAGGCGGCAUAGGCCCUCUGGCUCAUCUGUGUCACUCUCUAACUCAUCACGGUCAUCGUCGCGGUCUUCUUCAUACACAGGUUCCGGUUCCUCCCGCUCGAGGUCACGCUCACGGUCACGGUCUUCAUCUCUCAGCUCUUAUUCCACCCACUCCUCCCAACGUAGCUCUUUUACAGGCAGCCGUUCCAGAUCGAGAUCCUACUCGUCAUCUCCCUCCCCUACGCCUUCCGCCCAGAGAAACACAGGCAAAAAUAAAGCAGAGCCGCCUCCUGGAGCAGUGAAAGGCCACCCGCUGAAGCCUGGUACGCUGCCCCCUCCUCGCAGGGAUAAGGGCCCCUCCAAGAAGAUGCCCAGUCCCUCAUUGCCAGGCAAACCUCUGAAACCUUUAGCGGAAGGAGUUAAACCCCCCAACCUCCGUGAUGUGGGCAGACCAGCUGCACCAAGAGAACCAGCAAAACCACCCAAUGUGAGGGAGGGCCGCAGGAAAGAACGGCAGCCACACGAUCCUCGCAGGAGGACAUUAAGUGGCAGUGUGAGUGGCAGUGGCAGCAGUUAUUCAGGCUCCAGCUCUCGCUCCAGAUCUCGAUCCUCUUCCGCCUCUCUUUCUCGCUCUCGGUCUGGAUCCCACAAGUCCAGGUCUCUGUCAGUGAGCAGCGUGUCAUCAGUGUCAUCUGCCUCCUCCAGCAGCAGCUCGGUGCGCAGUGCUGAUUCUGAUGAUAUGUAUGCUGAUCUGGCCAGCCCUGUGUCCUCAGCAAGCUCCCGUUCACCCACUCCAGGUCACACGCGCAAAGAGAGAGGACUUCCACGAGACAGGGAUACCAAUAAAGACAGAGGAAAACCCACAAAGAAAGAUGAGACCUUUAAAGAUGAAAGGAAAAGGGUUGAUCAGUCUGCACCCCAGCCUAAAGCUGACUCUGGCAUGCCCAGAUCCGCGCCUGGAAACCGAGGGCACCCGAUGAACGCGCCACCCAUGGGUCCUGCAGGGGGCUAUGGUUCACAUAAGGACAUUAAACUCACCUUACUCAACAAGCAACAAGCAGACAGAAGCAAUAGAAAGAGGUACUUCCCUGCAGACAAAGACAGACCAACAUCUCCUCUCAGCAAGAGAAUGGCACUAUCUCCUGAAAGAGGUCGAGACAGGAGGCCAGGACGUUCCCCACUCUCACCUAGAAUGGACAGGCCCAGAGGUCAGGGUCCUCGGCCCAUGCCUCCACAGGGAGACAGGAAGCGUCCCCAGUCCCCACCACCUAAGUCUUCUGGGAAAAACCUCACAUCAUCAGCUGGUAAAUCUCCAGCCCCUGCACCAGGUUCAGGCUCAGGCAAACCAAGCAGCACUCUGUCCCGCCGUGAGGAGUUGCUGAAGCAGCUAAAGGCCGUGGAAGAUGCCAUCGCCCGCAAGAGGGCUAAAAUCCCGGGGAAAUGAAGAAUAGGCCAGAACCCGCAACAACUGGCUUCCAAGCCAUCAGACACCGAGGACACCCAGCGUUGUUUAGAAGUGGAUAAAAAAUGGUCAUUGUGUUUAAAAUCACAGACAUCCAAGUAGCUCACAAAGACCACUGCUACAUUAUUCGCACAUUUCCCCUCAGCGAGAGGUUGUCUACAUUUUAUAUUGAUGUGAUAUUGUAGUGGAGUGACAGUUCACUCUUAAUCUGUUAUUGCAAGAAGAUGGAAGCUUUACUGUAGUGUCUCUAUGCUGAGAAAAAUGUACUAUUGAGUUCUUUCUCUCCCUCUGUCUCGCUCUCCCUCUUAUUCACUUUUUGUUAAUAGUCCAUGUCAUGGUCAUUUGAUCCAAGACUAAAGAUUGUGAUCAUCAAGAAAGGACUGCCUUACUGAGAGUGACUUCCUUUGUGCACACACCUCCUGUCGAGCUUAACUUUUGACACUCUGAAGACCUCGAGGUUCCUGUGUUCCCAUCUUAACCAGUGAGCUCUCUCCAGUUCUGUAUGUUUAGCAUUUCCUGACUGUGUUCUGUUUCUGACUGUGUACAAAUAUUAUAAGCCAGUUGAGGAAAAACACCUCUUAAAGUGUAUGAAACUAGAGAACAAAUGACAGUGAUGUGAUGUAUUGCUUUUAUAAGACUGCAUUGGUUUUUGUCCCCUAGCUCUUCACGUAAAAAUUGUAUUUUAUUUUGUUCCUUAUUUUUAGGUGAGUGUGAGAGUCUGUCUUUGGGACACUCUGAGAUAAGGAAGAAUAAUAUCUUGCUUUUUGUGACAGAGAAAGCUUCUAAAUAAACUAUUUUGAUAAAGAGAA